CUUCAUCGCAUUUUUAGUUAGUUUUUAAGUUCUCUCAAUUUUUAAUCUCAACUUGGUUUCGACAAAUUGUUGUUGUUUGCCCAACAAACAAACACACAGACACACUCACAGACACAGAGAGAGAGAAGAGAAGCAUCAGGAGCAGAAGAAGAGAGACGUGACGCAUUAUUGAUGACGAUACGACUGCAGCUGGACACUUUGAAUCCCUGUCGUCGAGGCGGAUGUCAAUAAGGCCAACGACGGCAACGGGCGGCCGCUCGCGUCCGGCUCCAGCAGCGAGCCAGCGCCAACAACACCAACAGCAGCAGCAGCUGGGACAGGAGACGCAUCCAUUGCCGCAGCUGCAAGUGGAGCAGCUGCUGGCGCCAUCGCAAUCGCAUUACAUAAUUGGGGAGCAGCGCUAUAGCUGGGAGCGUGCGCUAAGCGCCUCGACUCCUGUGCGUUAUCCAUCGCAGGCGACUCCAGCAUCGAUGUACAGCAGUCGCCAUGAUCCAAGGAUUGCACUCUUUGCCGCCAGCAACACCAAUCAACAGCCCAAUAAUCUGAAUAAUCCAAGUGCUCGCAAUAAUUUCAAUUUUCGAUGUCGCCACACGCGCAACAUUACGCGUAAUCCUCUCCAGCAACAGCAGCAUCAGCAGUUGCCCCUGAAUGUGCCACUUUUGGUGGCAUCGCCACGCGCUUGCGCUGGCACCUCAAUGCCGCCCCACAGCGAGCACUCGGUGCGUGCCACAACAGCGGCAGCUGCCACACAAUUGCGUGAUUUCGGACGCAAGUAUCCUUUGUGGCUGCCCGAGUACAAACGUCGUGCAUUCAAUGCCUCCAUGGAUGAAAAGUAUGUGGAGAGCAUUUGGGCCACAUUGAAGAAUGCCAUACAGGAGAUACAGAAGAAGAACAACUCGGGACUGUCCUUUGAGCAACUGUAUCGCAAUGCUUACAACAUGGUGCUGCACAAGCAUGGCACUCGUCUCUAUUAUGGACUGCGUGAGGUUGUCUCGGAGCAUCUGGAGCAAAAGGUGCGCCAGGAGGUGCUCGAGAGUUUGCACAGCAAUUUUCUGCCCAAACUGAAUCAGGCCUGGACCGAUCAUCAGACCUCGAUGGUCAUGAUACGCGACAUACUCAUGUACAUGGAUCGCGUCUAUGUGCAGCAGCGUGGCCUGGACAAUGUCUAUAAUCUGGGACUCAUACUCUUCAGGGAUCAGGUUGUUCGCUUUCCGGAAAUACAGAAGGCGCUGCGCGAAAAGCUGCUGGGCAUGGUGCUGGAGGAGCGACAUGGCGAGGCCAUCAAUCAUUUGGCGAUCAAGAAUGCCUGCACCAUGCUCAUCACGCUGGGCAUCAAUUCGCGCACCGUUUACGAGGAGGACUUUGAGAAGCCGUUCCUCUCACAGUCGGCGGCCUUUUACAAAUUCGAAUCGCAAAACUUUCUUGCGGAGAAUAACGCUGGCGUUUACAUCAAGAAAGUGGAGGCACGCAUCACCGAGGAAUCAUCGCGAGCGGCGCUCUAUUUGGACAAAGAUACCGAGCCACGGAUUGUGCGUGUCGUUGAGGAGGAGCUAAUUAAGAAACACAUGCGCACCAUUGUCGAGAUGGAGAAUUCGGGUGUGGUGUAUAUGAUUAAGAACUCGAAGACCGAGGAUUUGGCAUGCACAUACAAGCUAUUCUCACGACUAAAGGAGGAGGGCCUCAAGGUGAUAGCGGACACAAUGUCUGCGUAUCUGCGGGAACAGGGAAGCAUGCUGGUCAAGGAGGAGGAGAAUGGGAAUACAAAUCCGAUAACAUUUGUGCAAAAUCUGCUCGAUCUCAAGGAUCGUUUCGAUCAGUUCUUGUUGCAUUCGUUUAGCAAUGAUCGACUCUUUAAGAAUGUGAUCUCGGCGGAUUUCGAGCAUUUUCUCAAUCUGAACAACAAAUCACCCGAAUAUCUGUCGCUCUUCAUCGACGACAAGCUGAAAAAGGGUGGCAAGGGCAUGAGCGAGCAGGAGAUCGAGACCAUUCUGGACAAGACAAUGGUGUUGUUCCGCUUCCUGCUUGAAAAGGAUGUCUUCGAGCGCUACUACAAGACACAUUUGGCCAAACGUUUGCUGCUCAACAAAUCAGUCUCCGAUGACUUUGAAAAGAACAUGAUAUCCAAACUAAAGACUGAAUGUGGCUGUCAAUUUACAUCAAAGCUGGAGGGCAUGUUCAAGGAUAUGUCCGUUUCAAAUACGAUUAUGGAUGAGUUCAAGAGUUAUGUAAAUAAUAACAAUUUGUCAUUGAGCGGUGUUGAGCUGACGGUGCGCAUUUUAACCACCGGCUUUUGGCCCACACAGACGGCAACGCCUAACUGCAACAUACCCUCUGCACCACGCGAGGCCUUUGAGGUGUUUAAAAAGUUCUAUUUGGACAAACACUCGGGUCGACAGCUAACGUUACAGCCGCAAAUGGGCACUGCCUACAUCAAUGCCGUUUUCUAUGGCCGCAAAGCGAAUGACAGCGACAAGGACAAGGAUGGGCCAAGCUCAAGUUCAAGUGGCUGCGCUGUGCCCACAACAACACGCAAGCAUAUACUACAAGUGUCCACCUACCAGAUGUGCGUCUUGUUGCUGUUCAACAAUCGGGAUGUGCUGACCUAUGAUGACAUACACCAAGAGACGGACAUACCCGAGAGGGAGCUGGUGCGCGCUUUACAAUCGCUGUCCAUGGGCAAGCCUGCCCAGCGUUUGCUGGUGCGCAACUCCAAAACGAAAACAAAAGACAUUGAGCCCUCGGAUGAGUUUUAUGUGAACGAUGCAUUUGUCUCCAAGUUCCACAGGGUAAAGAUACAAACGGUUGCGGCCAAGGGCGAAUCGGAGCCAGAGCGCAAGGAGACGCGCGGUAAAGUUGAUGAGGAUCGCAAACAUGAAAUUGAAGCAGCCAUCGUACGCAUUAUGAAGGCUCGCAAACGCAUGGCGCACAAUCUGCUGGUGUCGGACGUGACGUCGCAGCUAAAGUCACGUUUCUUGCCGUCACCUGUGUUCAUCAAGAAGCGCAUCGAAGGCCUUAUCGAGCGUGAAUAUCUGGCGCGAACGCCAGAAGAUCGCAAGGUGUACAUCUACUUGGCUUAAAA